AUGGCCGACUCUCUGACCGAAGAGCAAGUUUCUGAGUACAAGGAGGCCUUCUCCCUCUUUGACAAGGAUGGCGAUGGCCAGAUCACCACCAAGGAGCUCGGCACUGUGAUGCGCUCCCUCGGCCAGAACCCCUCCGAGUCUGAGCUUCAGGACAUGAUCAACGAGGUUGACGCUGACAACAACGGAACGAUCGACUUCCCCGAAUUCCUUACCAUGAUGGCUCGUAAGAUGAAGGACACCGACUCCGAGGAGGAAAUCCGCGAGGCUUUCAAGGUCUUCGACCGCGACAACAAUGGUUUCAUCUCCGCCGCGGAGUUGCGCCACGUCAUGACCUCCAUUGGCGAGAAGCUCACUGACGACGAAGUCGAUGAGAUGAUCCGUGAGGCUGACCAGGACGGUGAUGGCCGCAUCGACUACAACGAGUUCGUCCAGCUCAUGAUGCAAAAAUAA